GUAGCCGAGCGUCGCUGUCGCAGAGUGACGACAUCACAGCGGUGUCGGCGCCGGAUUCAGCUGACGACGCGGUUUACUACUUGACCGUUGUACAUAGCUACAGCGGUUUGCACGUUUCAAUUUGCUUGCGGGUCGUGGGCAUAUCGGUGCCGGGUCUGAAGCAGCGAGGGGAGUCCGUCACGAUGACUUGUGACUACGACUUGGAAGGCGGACGUCUGUACUCCGUCAAGUGGUACAGAGAUAAUGAGGAGUUUUACCGCUACAUGCCGCGCUUAAGGCCACCGCAACACGCGCACAGGCUAGAUGGAGUCAAAGUCGAUGUGGAAAGGUCUAGCGCGAGGCGCGUGCACCUCAGGGACUUGACGCUAAAGUCGCGCGGCCUCUACCGCUGCGAGGUGUCUGAAGAGGCUCCGUCGUUCCACUCCGCACAAUCAGAAGCCUUCAUGGAAGUAUACUAUUUCUCUCGCGACAACCCUCGUAUAAGCGGCUAUGAACAGUCAUAUGCAGUCGACGAACCCUUAGAUGUGAACUGUACUUCGGCCAAAUCUUUCCCAGCGCCGGAACUACAGUGGUACAUUAAUGGGGAGAAGGUGAUAGAACGAGGUUUGUUGAUAGCGUAUGGCGCGAAGCCCGUAUCUCAAGGUCUGCUGAUCUCCACGUUAGGUUUGAAAGCCCUCGCAAAACCUAACAUGAGAAUCACAUGUAUUGCUUCAAUUGGAACCCACAAAAGAGAACGAAGUGUUAUUAUAGAGACAAGCUCGUCGGCACGACGAAUGGCGAAGUGUUCAUUCAUUAUUCUAACGACCGUCAUCAACAUCGCUAUCCAUACGAUCUCGUGAUACUGACACCAUUAAUGAUAUACACAUAUGAGAUUCCGAACCGAAUCAUUAACAUUUUAUGUAAGUAAUGAGACAAAAAAAUGUUAUGUACAUCUGACUUAUG